UAUGAAUUUUUUUUUUUAACUAUCCGUUAAUUUCGAUUGAAUUUUUUCAAUCAGAAAAUAAUUUUUUUUAUUCUUUACUCGAUUAUUCUUUCCGUUAUCCUGGACUCCAUUUUGAAGAAUGGCGCGUUUAAAAAGUGUUCGAUGAAGGUUCCAGAUAGGUCUACUAUUUCAUGUUUCGUACUUUGAUACAUUAAAACUAAAAUAAAGAUUUUUGGAUCUAAAUUACAAGAGAUUAAUUUCGAAAUAUUCUGCAUUUGAUUUACGAGAAAAACGAAUCAAUUUUCGGAACCUGUUGCACAAGAGUCCCCUCUUAAUCGAACAACUAAUAAAAGAAAGAUAACGUGAUAUUAAUUUAACAAACAUUAUAAGACAUUCGUUCAAAUUGAAAUGUUCAAUAACUCAAUAGCGCACCCAUUGUUUUACAGCAAUCUUAUUCAAAUUUUACAAGCUGUCGUUGUAAACGAUUUUAAAAUACAUGACAAGUUUGAAGCGCUUGUCACCGGGGAUUGCGAUGCCAGUUUUCCAUAUUUAAAAUAUUUAAUAAUUCAAUACCCGUUGUUUUACAGAAUUUCUAACGACACAUUGUAAGUUUGAAGUACUGGUCACCGUGUUAACGGGUCGAAAAAUAAUAUUUUUUAGAAUAUGGAUUUUAACAAUCAGGAUCCAUGCCCCCCCAACAAUUUCAAAUGCUUUAUUUUAGCAUGGACGAUUACAGGCCGAUUUAAAUAGAAAUACUUUCAUUUGAAACGAGUCUGAGAAGGAAAAUAACGAUAAUACGAAACAACAAUGGGAUGUUCUCCGUGAUGUUACGUCACACAGCAGGGAAAAGCGAUAGCAUGGUCGAUCGUUUGUUAUUUCUCCCUACUUUUGCAAACUAUCAUGUUACGGGCACUGGCGAACGUUAAUCCGAGAUAAGGACGAAAUUAAAACGUCCAAACUCAAUUGGAACGUCUGUUUUCUUCUUUUUUCCUAAAAAACUACCGUUAAGUUUCUUUAACACUAGAACUACCAAAGCAGUCAAAAUGAUCCAGUCAUAAUUUCUAAUAAAAUUUCUAAAAAAUAGACUUGACUGAAUCUUUGAAAAUUUACUGCAAUUUUCUGGUAGAAAAUGAAUAAAUACUCAUUUCUAUUGCAUUAUACGUUUCUUUAUGUAUCCAGCGUUAUAAUUUCUUUGGUAUAAAUAAAUACACUAUAAUUGUCGGUAGUUCUAGUGUUAAAAUCCUUGAAUAAAAUACUUUCUUAAUGUAACAUUUGUUGUGGUAUUUAUCUCUACGAAAUUUCAAUUCAGAUUUAUUUUCCUAUCUAUUUUAUUAGCGUUAACACAUUGACUGGCAUGGUGGUCACCGGUGACCUACGCUUUAAACAUACAACGUGUCUUCAAAACGCUUGCAAUAAAUGAACAUUGCUCGUAAAUUUGUCAAUAAUAUCAUCGAUGUUAGGAAUACACAGAAUGACGAGCACUCCGUGAAAUCACCGAGAAUUUUUAUCCAUCGCGGUAUAAUUCGAACAAACGUCAAGAGCUGUCCAAAUGAAAAUUGAUGCGGCAAUUGACGCGUUAAUGGUCGAACGCGUCGAAUCAGAGAAUCACGUUUCGUAUUACGACAGAGAACGAAAUGAAAAGUUGAAUCACGAUAGGAAAAACCUGUUCCCGGCGUUAAUGACUUGGCUUCUCGUAGUCACGUGUAUUUUUUUUUUUUAUUCUGUUGCAUCGGCCGGCACAGCCCCCAUUCUGCUUUCGUGCGCGUAUUACGUUAUCCUAAGUUUACGAUCAAGGCAAAGGCGAUAGAUGGGGGCGGAGCAUUUACGUUCGUUUCCGUUACGUAGAGACCACGCAAGUUUUGCAAAUAUGAGCCACAUUUGACGUAACGCGGAUACAGUCGCCCCGAAAAGUAAACUUACUUACUUUUCUUCAAAGAACACAGAAAUCAUUGUAGAAAUAAAAGAAAACUUGCUGCUGUACUGUUAAGCGCCACGAGAUCACCUCGAUGAUUUAAUACAGUAUCAAUGAUUUAAUUACGUUUACGAUGGCGUCGUUAUGAUCCUCGACGCUGGAAACGAAGAAUUUAAUUUUCACGUUUUUUCACGACUCAGUGUAAAUAAAUGUUUUUUCUAUUUCCAGCGAGUUUAUACGACCUUGAAAAUAAAGCUUACUAAAAAUAACUCGAUUUGUUGUUCAAAUUUUUUCUCACACUACCAAUUGUUUCGUGCAUCACGUGCACGUUGGUUUUCAGUUUUGGUGUACGAUGAGUUUUUCUAUGCAACUGCUGUGUUUUCCGAGGCGACUGUAUACAACAGUCAGCUGCAUCGUACGACCCCGAUACACGCGAAGCCGUCACGAGGUUGCGGUGUCAACGAUUCGAAAUGUCGAGGAAGCGUUAACCGCGUGAUUGAGCAGAGUUUGCGGUUGCUUCGAGCCGAUAUGACCUGGGCGACAUUCGCGACCCGAAUCCGUACUUUUCAGGCGACGGGACGCCGAGCGAAAACGAUACCGUCGGAUCCGUAGAUCGCCUCCGGUGAUUUAGCCACCUAGAAAUCGCGAAACGUCGAUGAACCAAUAACAGUGAUAUUUGUUUUCACAAAGGGGGGGGGGUGGGGGAACGGCGAUAUACGGUUUUAGUUACGUUUACUUUCUUUUUUAUAUUUGUUUUUUCGUUCGACAGUUUAUUUUCGUACGACCGACUGUCGCAACGCGCGCGUUCUUUGUAUAAUAGAAGCGAUCGGGCCGUCGAUCGAUUUCGAAACGGUGCCAGAAUUUUUCAACGCUAGAUUUACGAACACGAUUCCCUUGGAUCUACACUUCGAUCAAAUUCAACGUACAUCGUUGACAGAUAAUAUUUACGAGUUCUGUAACUUUAAAUUGAUAAGUUUUGUAUAUCUAUAGCAACUUGGCGAGGAGCGACGAAAUGAUAUCGUUUCAUUAUGCGAUUCGCAUAAUGUUCCAUAAUGUGAGCGUUUCGUACGAGAACUAUGCAUCGAAUUAUGUAAUAGAAUUAGGUUAAACCGAGGCUUGAGAUUUGUUUGGAGGCAGAAGAGGAAGAUGUGUUUCUUUUGAAAGUAGGUCAAUCGUGUCGGUGAUUAUACAUAAAUACUUUCGCGUUUGGUUCGACUACGGAAAUAUUUUGCCAUUCUAACGUAUUCAUUUUCCAUUAACAUCGAUACGCCAGUUUUCUCUGUAGAUUUAUUCCACGUUAUAACGAAUAAAAAUAUUCGACAGUUCAAUGGAGAAUGUUAUUUCGUAAUAUUUCUAAUGUUAGUGACGUCAUUACAAAAUUACAAGCGUUUUAAAGACACAUUGUGGGUAAAGCCCUGAUGGCCCCAGUGACCACCAUGACAGUCGACGUGUUAACGCGUUUGAAAACAUUUGGAGAGCCCUUAACCGGUCGGUUUAUGCGGGGAAAACGUCAAUAUGUAAAAUAGGCCAAUUGUGCCAGUGGACAGGGCUGGACAAAUUCAAUCGCGAAUAACAAAUACGAGCUAAAUAUCGAGUAUCUUUUCAGCUGGAUCGUCGACUGUUAGGAGGAAUGAUUUAUCGUUGGAAAAAAAUCUUUAGUAUUUCCCCGGGGGGGUCGUCGAUUACGUCGUUCGAUCGUUACCUUAUCAAUAUCUACAUUUUGCUUACAUCAUGCGUUAAUUUUAUUCAGAAGGAAUUAAAAAUAGAAAACGACUCCUCGGGCAGAUACUAUAAGGUGAGCAGGUUGUGAGAAAAUCUACGUCCAUUCUGCGUAUUUUCCGUAAUAUCGUUGAAUUGUUAUUAAUUAUAAGGGUAUCCCAAAUUUUUUAUGCUAAAAGGCAAUGUUAAAAAUCGUCAAAAAAUUCUUUCUUAGUUGUUCAUUUCCUUGCUAAAAAAAAAUGAUCAGAAACGCUUUGGGCGGUCUCAAAACAGAAGAAAAAAAUAUACAAAAUUACGAAUGUAAAUAAUGGUUAAAAAAAGCAAAAAUCAAGUGUAAAAUAUAACCGUUAAAAUUGAACUUUGACAAUAGAAUCGAAGCGUCAGCUUGUAAUGGAGUGUACUUUUUAAAUUUUAGUAACUUUAGUGUAUAAAAAUUAGGAGAUUCGUCGAUGGCCUGGUAGCGACAGAAGCGCGAUAAUUCCAAGCAGGCUCGCGACUAGUCAUUGAUCGGCCCGCGAGACGCCGAGCGCCGCGACGCCCUCUCCUCUUCUUAACCCCAACGUCCCCACCUGCUUGUUCACAAUCGUGUCAGACAUUUAAGCGUCACGUCGGAAACACGCCUCCCUCUUUCUCUCACUCUCUCCGUUUCCCUCUUUCUUUCUCUUUCCUUUGCUCUUUCUGUUCGUCGUUCAUCGACUCGCGGGGGCAUCGCGACGAAUAUCUCGGCUGCCAUCGGAGCCCGUGGAAACCGCCGCGGAGCCGUCGAAAUUCACGUCGUCGUCGUGGUCGUUUCGCAGGGAAAGAACACCGUCGCGCCGCAGAAGCGUCGGUUUCGGGUUAUUCCGCGAGAGAGCGACGAUCAGAGAACCGAGGACAGAGUUCGCGGAGCCAGUGCGCGAGUUUUCGUGCGAAAAUGUGCCGCGAUCCGUUGCAACGCGUCAAGAAAAAAUCGCCCGACGAUGUUUGACCUUUUUCGUGGCACGAACCGCGUGUAAACGGGCUCCUUGGAACGUUCGACGUUGCUUCCUGGUGUUUCGUCGUAUCGCUUUGUGUUGAAUGGGGGAGGCGGUGAACGACCGUUUCUAGGUCGAAGCUCGAUUGACUUGUUUCCGAGAGACUCUUGGCCGAUCGAAAUCGGGACGCCGGACGCCCCGACGUAUUUAGGACGAUUUCCUUCGAUUCCCAGCGUCGAAUCGCGAAGGGGACCGAGAAAAAUUGGGUCAUUAGGAUACGGCCACCGGGCACCGUCGUCGAGCGGAGAAAAGUGCUACGCUGUGAUCGAAAGUUUCACGAGUUUGGAAAGAAACUGAAAACCCAAACGGGAGGAUGUUCCGUUUUCAAAAUCAACUGCCUAACGACGAGAAGAUAUCCUCGAAGAGCAUCAUGAUACCGAUUGAUAAAUCGCCAGGUAGUUCUACGCGCGAUGGACGCGGUCUUCGAGCAAGGUUUUUUUAAACAUCGAUUCUGCUUCUUGUUGCGUUCGCCGCGGGGAUUGAAAAACGUUGUAAUAUCGAUCUCGGCUCUCAAAACAGUCACGAAGAACCGAAAUAGUGUUGUAACUGGUGGAGGCACUUUCCACGUGUACCGAUCAGGCUGACGAUUUUAAUUAUACUCAUUUUUAAUGACAAGAAAAUUGUGCGUGUUUAUAUAUAUUAAUUCUGAUUGGAUAUUUUUGUUAUGAUUCAGACUUAUUAACGACACGACGGUAAUAAUAAUUUUAAGAACUUAAUUUGUACAAUUCUCUUGUCAUUUUACCGUUUUUAUAACAUAGAAUAUUACUGGACGAUUUUGCACUGCAUACAAUCAAAAUGCCUCGUCAAUUUGAGAAUGUCGAAUGUUAAAUUAAAUUUAAAAGUUAUAACACCAUUUAAAUUAUAACAUCAUUUAAAUUAUAACAUCGUUUUGGUUCUUGAUAACUGUCGCAGUAAAAACUGGAGUCCAAGUACUUGAAAAUACAAGCUGAGUAAAACUUAACAACAGUAUUAUAUUUUGACAAUAAAGUUCCCUUUGAAAGGAUUUGGACAAGCUUCCAUAAAGUCAAGAAUCAUUCAUGAUUGAUCCAAACAGAUUGAAUUUACUCGAGUUUGAUGAAAUAUUCAAACUGCUUGGAUAAUCAACCACUUCGGUUCGGUUUGAAUCACAAAUACUUUAAAUAUUCAAGUACUCCGAUGCAGCUUCGGUAAGAACCGAUAUCGAACAGUUUGAAACAGUUAUUUCCCAAACCUUUUCAAUCCCUGGUUCGUUGAAUUGCUUUGUGCGGUGAACGACCGUUUCUAGGUCGAACGAGAUUCGCGGAAGCUUAAUCGACUCGCUUCUAAAGAUUCUAGGAACGUCGAUUAAAAUCGAGACGCCGGGGCACGUAUUUAGGACCAAUUGCUUUUUUCUAUAAUUCUGUCGCGUCGAGUCGAGAAAGGGACAGGAGGAAAUUGGGUCACUGUACCACGGUGAACACGGUGAAAAGUAUCACGCUAAUCGGAAGUUUCUCGAACGCGAAUAAAUUGAACCAUAGGUGUUCUGUCCUCCGUAGAGACGAAGACAUUCUCGAAGAGCAUGAUUCUAACGAUUGGGAGGUCGUCGAGGAUUUCUAAGUGCGAUGGACGCGGUCUCGAAGCGACUAAAGGUUUUUUAACGUCAUUGGCAACCGAUACAAAUUCAGUGUUGACGAAAACAUCAGGAAUAGAUUAAAAAUCAGUGGACCCAAAAUGAAACUUCCGCGGAACACCGGGCCCUUUAAUUAGGACUUCCGCCGUGUCGAGGAACCGACGAACCUGGACGACCAAUCGAAGUAUUACGCAAAUAAAAGAUCAAAAACAUUCUCGAGAAAACCACCUUUGGAAGGAUGUUCUGCUUCCAAAGGCCGUCUUUGCGCUCGUCCGGCAUGCUGGCGUCGCCAUUGCCGUCCAGCAUGACAAAGACACCCUCGAGGAGCAUGACUCGACCGAUCACCGAGGCUUCGGGGCGAUCCAAGUGCGAUAAACGUGUUUUCGAAGCGACCAAAGAUACCACGAUCGUCGAUGCUGCUUCCUAUCGUUCGUCGAAUAAUUUCCGUGCAGUGAACGACCGUUUCUAAAUCGAACUAGAUUCGCAGAAGCUAGAUCGAGAGAUUCUAGGAACGGCUAGAAUUGGUAGAUCGAGCCACGUAUUAUAUUCGGUACAAUUUCCAUCGUCGUCGACGUCGUUGCUUUCCCCCCGAACUCUGUCGUGUCGAGAAAGGGAACGGUUAAAAUCGGUUUCACGGGGAAAGGUGUUACGUUGAAUUAGAAGUAGAAAAGAUAAUCGAACCGCCAUCCUGAGAAUGUUCUGCUUCCAAAGUCCGUUUGCACGCGCGUCCCGCGUGUUGGCGUCCCCAUUGUCCUCCAGCAAGACGAAGACGUCCUCGAUGAGCAUGAUCCUGCCGAUAAACAAGUCCUCGGGAAGUUCCAAGUGCGAGAGACGCGGAUCCGAGGCGGCCAGCGAGAGCUCUUGCUCGUCCAUCAGGUACAUCGAUCAGGAUCCGUCGUUCUCCGAUUGCAGCAGCACGGACACUCUUCCCGACAUCAAAGCUGACUAUCUGGACCCGGACACUCUGUCCCCGGGGCCCGAUUCGUCGCCAGUCCGCACCGCGAACGGAAUGGACGAGACCAGCGACGAGAAGACGCUGUUGGACGACGAGGAUCGGAUCGCCCCGCGGUCCUACAGCAACCGGCGUUGCAAGAAGCUUCUUCUCCGGCUCCGCUCGACCGAAUCCUCGAACUCCUGCGACAAGGAGUCCUCCAUUCUCUCGGCGUCCCCGUCCCCGGGUAGCAAUUCGAUCGGAAUCGAGUCGCCCGGGUCCUCCGUGGACGGCCACGACGAUUAUGAGACCGGAAGCACCACGACCCUGUUCACCAAGUCCUCCCCGUCGGUCCUGAUCGACGCCAUCGAGCCGGAGGAGAACUUGAGGAGCUGCCGUGCGAUCGCCGCGUCGGAGAACGACAUCCCGUCUCUGCAAAAUGGAUUCGGCCAGGGUUUGAAAAGCGAGUCGGAGAAGGAGACGGAAACGGAGACAGAAGAAGGAUCCUCGCUGCCUUUGAGUCCCGCGGGUCCCGCGACCGCCCUCUCCUCGUCCACGGUGCCCUAUUACAACUUUCUCUGCGUAAACGGGGGCGCCAUGCGCCAGGAGAUGACCAGCACCAGCUCCCCCCAGUUGUCUUCGGGUAUCAAUCCUAGAUCCAGCGACGAAUCGCCCUCGACGGACGUACGAAGCUCCUUCGUGGGUGAGAAAGGUUCCAGGUUGGAUACUCUGAAGCCCGAGAGCUUGGACGCGACGUUCUGCUUGCCAGCGGCGAGAUCCUGCCCGAAUCUGGAAAGACAGAGCGCCGGGUGUUCGCCCACAAGCGGCUCCUCGAGCUCCAGUCCCAGUUCGGGCCCCAUCGGGCCCAGAUUCAAGCCCAUCGAGGAGGGGGACAUCCAGGUGUGCUUCUUGAACCACACGAAGACUCUGGUUAGGAAGAUACUGUCCAGCAAGUUCCUGAGACGAUGGGAGACCCACCAUCUUUAUCUCAACGACACCUGCAUCUCUUCGAAAACUCCUACGGGAUUUUUUCAACAGCCAAUACCGUACAACAAUAUGUCGGACAUUCGAAAGUACGCUGUUGCUAGAUGGGAUCCAACGUACAAAAAUUGCCUGAGCAUAGUUUUGCCGGACAGUUCUCUUCUUCUCCAGGCUAAUAACGCUUACACGAGGGACCAAUGGUAUCAUUCGAUACUAUGGAAGAGGAGUAUUUUCAAGUACCAGCACCUAGUAUCGUUAAACACGCGUGAGGAAGUGGUGGUCAAAGAGCUGAAAUCGAUGGUGGACUUUGCUCUGUGGACGUCGCUCCAAGACGAAAGGGUCACCGCGGCGCCGUUAGAAGCCGUGGCGAAGCUCCUCGAGGAAUCGACGGCGGAAGAGUCGGACGAGAAAUCGGAGAAAAUGGCCGAGGAGGCGUUCCAAAAUCGAAACGAUCGAAAACACUGGGCGGAGACUGCCCUUUCGGUGGUGUCUCCUCUUCUCGACAAGGUUGCUCUACCGGCCUGCCUCGCGAGAGUCCUCGCCAAGCUGGCUCAACAGCAUCCAAGGUCGUCCUUAGUUUCCGCCGUCAGUCCAGCCAUCACCAGAUGCUUGAAGCACACGGUCGACUUUGGAAAGUCUCCGAACAUGAGGAAACUUCUUCAGGUGUUCGUGGCCGCCCUGUACACGAGCGAGAACGGCGAACAGGCGAUCAGGAAUUAUAUUGCGUCCGUUCAUGGGCCCGGAAGCGAUUGUCCUCAUCCCAGAGUGCUUCCCAAUCUGGUCUCCGUCUGCGUUGCCGCGAUUUUUCACAGGUUCGAAAUGGCCCGGCGUUCCAUACCAGCGCACGAGGAAUCCUCGAUUUUACCACCGUUGAAUUGCUACUUGUUGGUCCUGAAUGUGGCAUCUGAAUAUACCGACUGGCGGCCGGGCUUGGGCGCUCUGUUGCAACCAGUGCCGUUCCCAGAGGAGGCUUUAGUUAUGAAAGAGGUCCAACAGACGAUAUUAAUGUGCGUGAUAAAGCGUUUAGCAAAAGAUACAAGGUGUAUCGUUCAUCGCGUUCUGCUUCCAGUCAGGGAACCGCGACCUGGUUGGAUCCACAUCGCUGUGCCAUCCAGCCCAGCUUGUCCCGAUCAGGGCGAAUUGUUCGGUGAAAUGCUAACAACCCUGUUGGCGUGUUGCUGUCGACGGAAAAGGUUUAUCAACUCGCUGAUGAAACAGGCGCGAGACGAUUGUGUACUUCUGGCGGUUAGAGGCUGCGACGCCGCGCAAGAGGUUCUCUGUCUGAUGUUGGAAUGGCAUUUGCUACCCAAUGAGGAAUCGCGACUACAAAUAGUCAACGCCCUCGAGUCGACAGAGUCGGGCAAAAAUCGUUACGUUGCUCUUUGCCAGAGACAAAGAAACUUGCAAGAACUGCAACAAAAAGGCGGGCCCAGGAAAUUGACGCUGCCAGUACGCGCUACAGACGCAGAUGUUGCUCUUCUCCUGGGCGGAAGAGCUCUUGGCAACCUCGAAUGCCUUAGUUUGGCCUUCACGUCCGUAACUUCAGCUUGCGCCGAACAACUCAUCAAAUUACCAGCCCUGAGAUAUCUAAACUUGUGGGCCACGCAGUUCGGCGACGCAGGUCUACAAAUGAUCAGCGAACAUUUGCAGAAACUGCAAGUUCUAAAUCUUUGCGAGACUCCAGUUUCGGAUAAAGGAAUCUCCACCUUGACCUCGUUGACGAACCUGAGGAAGUUAAACUUGAACAGCACGAAACUGUCCGUUCAGACGUUCGAGUCUUUGAAAAAAUGUCUGCCGGCGUUGCAAGAGUUCGACGUGAGGUACACGGAGGCUUGGUGACCAGAACUUUUACCUCGCGCGAAGCCAAGUAAUUCCAAUAGUACUACUAGCAUCAAAGGAAAAAGACAACAUCAAAGUGAUUAGGAUAAAUCGAAGGAAACGUUUUAUCGUGAUCGGUGAAAGAUUUUUUUUUUUUUAAUCGUCGUAUAUAUGUGCUAUUCGAUCGGCAAUGAAAGUUACUUGGAUGUAAAUACUAGACGCGUUAUUUGUGGGUUCGGAAACGUCUCUUCUCGAAAAAAUGAAGCCGCUGAAAGCUGAAGCGGUGUAAGUCGAAGAAGUUAAUUUCUGGAUAAUGAAGAAUGAAUUGGAAGUUAUGUAAGUUACAGUAAUAUCGAAAAUAAUUAUAUUUCUCUUUUGUAAACCACUUGUUAAGUUUUAAUUUAAAAUAAUAAUUGUAUUUCCCCCGAAACUGAAGGUACACUAUCA